AUGGUUAAGUUGCUGUUGAAGAAGGAAUUGGUGAAGAUUCCUAAGGAGUGCGAGGUGACUCAGAAGGGAAAGGUGUUUACGUUCAAGGGCCCAUUGGGAAAGCAGACUUACGAUGCAUCAGCAUUCAAGUUCACGUUCAUAUUGGAUGGAGACGUGAUUGAGAUACAGAGUUGGCAUGGAAACAGGAGGAAGAACAACUACGUGAAUACGGUUGCAAGUCAUUUGAGGAAUAACGCAAAUGGGGUGGUGACUGGGUUCAGGUACGUGGCAAAGGCACUUUAUAAGCACUUCUCAAUUCAGCUAAUUGUUGAUAAGAGUGCAAAGGAAAUCAUCAUCAAGAACUACUAUGGAAAGAAGCAAGGAAAGCAUUUCCCAAUUAUAGGCGAGACAACAGUUGAAAUUGGAGAGGAUAAGUGUUCGUUGAUUGUAGAGGGAAUCAAUUUGGAACAUGUCUCACAGACAAUAUGCAAUUUGGAGAAUUGGACUAAGAAGGAGAAGUUGUAUGAUCCAAGAAUAUUCCUAGAUGGCAUAUUUGUCGUAGAGAGAGGCGUAAAGGUCUGCUGA